AUGAUGGAGAAUGUGGAGGAUCAUGGAGCAAGAAUUGGAGAUACUGGUGAAGGGGGAAAGUAUGUUGUGACUCACUUCGUCGCAGACCACAACCAUGAAUUGGCGGAACAACACUGUGUGAUGUAUCUGAGGUCACAUCGCAGUUUAAACAGCUCUGACAAAGCUCAAGCAAUGGCUAUGCGCAACGUUGGUGUGAAGACUAACCAAAUCAUGGACUAUAUGGUAAAUCAAUCCGGGUCUUAUGAGAAUGUUGGUUUCAUCCGUAUGGAUCUGCACAACCAUAUUCAAGUAGAACGUAGAGCAAAAGUUGAGGAUGGUGAUGCGCACGGUGCGUUGGUUUACCUAUAUGCAAAACUUGAUGUUGGUGCACGUUUUUUUUACAAGUAUGAUAUGUACAAGGAUAACAAGUUACAAAAUUUGUUCUGGGCAGAUUCGAAAUCGCAGGCUGACUACGCAAAGUUUGGUGAUGUGUUGAUAUUUAACUCAACUUACAGAACCAAUACGUACAAGAAACCUUUUGUCAUGUUGGCUGGUGUGACUAACCGCUUUAGGACCACGAUAUUUGCAUGUGUUUUUGCUAGCUAA